CCACUCGCCGCCAAACCACUUCGCGCGUUGAGGUGACGUAGGCGGCAGGGAGGCCGGGCUCGCAGCGACAGCGGCGCAAGAUGGCGGCCACCACGGGAUCGGGAGUAAAAGUUCCUCGCAAUUUUCGACUGCUGGAAGAACUUGAAGAAGGUCAGAAAGGAGUAGGAGAUGGGACAGUUAGCUGGGGUCUUGAAGAUGAUGAAGAUAUGACGCUUACAAGAUGGACAGGCAUGAUCAUUGGGCCUCCAAGAACAAUUUAUGAAAACAGAAUAUACAGCCUUAAAAUAGAAUGUGGGCCUAAAUAUCCAGAAGCACCUCCAUUUGUAAGAUUUGUAACAAAAAUUAAUAUGAAUGGAGUAAAUAGUUCUAAUGGAGUGGUGGAUCCAAGAGCCAUAUCAGUCCUAGCAAAAUGGCAGAAUUCUUAUAGUAUCAAAGUUGUUCUGCAAGAGCUCCGGCGUCUAAUGAUGUCUAAAGAAAAUAUGAAACUCCCUCAACCACCUGAAGGACAAUGUUACAGCAAUUAAUGAAAAACAAACAGAAAAAUAAUGCCCGUUUCAUUCAAUUUAAGCUCUUCAUUUUCCACAGUAGUAAAUUUUCUAGAUGCAUCUUGUAGGCCUCCAAAUACUGGAAAGGAAGUUCCCAUUCAAGGAAAAUUCUACCUUGAGAUACUGUAAAUGAUACUAAUUUUUUUCCAUUUGAAGAUAAGUUGUGCUAUAACAAAUAAUGCUGUCAUGUGUAACCACUGUUCACAUAGUUGAACUUCUGGUAUCAAGAAAAGUCUAUUUAAAUUUAUUACUGUCAAGACCAGUGUGGCACAUUGAACUCAACUGUGAAAAUGCAUAAAAAGCAUACAUCACACAAUCACAUUGCUGUGUGUUUGGCCUGGGUUUAUCUUUCUUUUCCUCCUCUUUCUCUCUUUGUGUUUGCAAUAGAGUUGUCGCUCAGGGCUAUUUAUUAGAGUAGACACAGAAGACACAAUCUACAGGGGAGUUCUCUUGCACAAAGCCCCCUUGAAAAGGACACAGACUGUGCAAGAACAUCACUCUACUCUUGCAUAGCUCUCAUAUAUUCCAGUGGGGCUUGCUCAGGAUAACGUCCCAAAAGGAUUGUGCUCAAAGGCUUCAAUUCUCAGUCCUAUGCUGGGACUGUAUGGACUACUAAUGGGAUAUGUUGGUAUCGUCAGUCAUCCCUCCCUUUGUGAAACUCUAGUAAAAUGCUGAAUGUGUCCAGGGUUGGUUUUAGGUUUUUUCCUUUCUUCCUUUUUUUUUUUUUAAAGAACAUAAUAGUUGUUUGGGGCAGGCUUUUCUUUCUCCCAGUAACCUUUGGGUAAGGCAUAGAUUGAAUCCAUGCACCAACCAUUCCCCGGUAAUAGAUGGGGAAGGGGUGUCUUUCAGUCUUUCCUCUCUCCCUUUUGUCACAGUGGGGUGCUGCUUUCUUUUUGCCCUAUCUAUGAUCCUUUCCUUGACACCUGGCCAAAAGAGGUAAGUGGCUGGCAAAUUGCCUGUUGCUAUUGGUUACUAUUAUUAUUUUGCUUCAUGCUUGACAACAUUUUUUUUUAAAAGGGGUGACAGGAAGUGGGGGGACUAUGCAUUUAGUCUUCACCAGCUCAGAAAACAAAGAGUGUCUGUCAUUGCUUGCAAGGAUCCUUCUCUUCCUGUCCUGUGGCACAGUUUCCAUACCACCAAGCUGGCCAUGGCUGAUGUUGUUAGAUAGGCUUUUUUGUAGUGGUGAAAAGAACAGUAAUUUACCAGGAUCGCUUGAACCCUCUUAAAAAUGGCCAAAUAUUGUGGUGAGAUUUUUACACAGACAUUGGAAACCAACACUCCAGCUCAUUGAGCUGAAGGUCACUACCUCUGCUUGAGCGCCAUGUUAGUACUCAUCAGUGCGUGUAACUUUGGGCCCUUUAACAGCCUGCCAACGUAGAGAUGAAUCUGCUGUGUGGGAAGGAGUUUUUUUCCUGACACUUUGUUGAGAGGAGGACUCUUCCCUAAAGAAUAGGAUGGCAGUGCCAUGAAUAUUGGCUUAGGGACUGGGUUUGGCAAGGCUUCCUGGCAAAUCACUUCCUUUUCGGACAUCUUGUUUUGGACCACUGAACUGCUGAAAUGCGGAUGCAAGCUUAAAUGCAAACAAUCUUGUGUCCACUUCUAAGUUUCAUGAAUUUAAAAAUUCAGUGUUUGUGUAAAAAAAAAAAAAGAGAGAAUACUAAAGUCACAUUUAAAAAACAAGCUAUUGAGUCAAUGAAUAAUUGAUGUUUCCAUUAACUCUUGAGGAAAAUAGUUGUAAGGAUUUAACAUCCUCUGUAAUUAAAAAUUUAACAUAACAGUAUUCCAUAAACAGCCUUUUUAUUGUAUCAGACCCAUUGCCUGAUUUUAAUAUAAUAAAAAAGUGUGCAUUAA